CUUGGUGGUAGUCUACAUUUGCCAUUUAUUAGACGGGAAAACGACCUUCCCAAUGGUCCCAAUGGUACUGUACGUCCCAACCUGGAACGGCUUGGAUUCACCAUGAAGGUGGUGUUUUUUCUGCUGUAUAAGACGAACGGGUAGGGGUCACCGCCUCCUUUGCAAUUCCGCGCGACUUUCCACGUACGGACACAGCAAGACCCAGAACGAGGGACCGCAAACGACCAUGGCGACCUCCACCGUCCUGAUCUCCCUCUUCGGGCACCGCAACGCAACCGGGGUCUUCUCCAUCGACCCGCAUACGACCUCCGGCACCACUCUCCGCCGCCUCAUCGUAUCCCGCUUCUUCCCGGGCCUGGAAGGGCAUGUCGAGAACACAAUCGCGUUGUGGGAUGUGAGUGGGGAGGAUGUGGCGUGGGACGAUCUGCGGCUGACGUUUUCGACGAGGAAUGAGCAUGUUGAGAGGGUAUUUCCGUCCGCGAGGAGGAUUAGGCGGGCGGAUGUGUACCAACCGACUGGGGAGGAUCGCAGUGUGGGGGUGUUGGCGGUGGUGCCGGAUUCGGUGUUUGAGAUGAUGGCGAAUGGGCCGUUGGCGGCGCAGGAGGUUGGAGGUAGUUCGAAUGGGCCGGACUCGCAGCAUGACAUGGGAGCUGUGGAAGGGAUGGGUGCUGGAUCGGCCGUCGCUGUUGGUGCCGCCGCCGUUGCAGCGACUUCUCCUCAUCAUUCGGGGGAAGAUAGCCUUGUAUACGCGGAGCGAUCCGACGCCUCUCCGCGCCCCAUGGCCCCCGAGGCUGCUUACCAACAGCAAAACCAGUUGCGCUCCCCUCCAUCGACAUGGCUCGAAGCCACACCCGUUCAUUCUGACCACGAUUACGAACUCAGCAACCUCUCGCCCGCAGCCACGUCCGACAACCCGUUCGUCGACCACCCAUCAUCGUCGCCCUCAGCCUGGAAGCACAACGUCUCCAACAGCGCAUACGCAUCCGAAGCCACAUCCGUGACAGUCCACCGCGAGGGCCCGUUGAACACCUACAAACCCACCCCUCUGCCACCGGCCUUUGUCGAGCACAAAAGAGGAAUGAGCGGCAAGAAAAAGAUCAUCGUCAUCGCCGCGGGGUUGAUCUUGCUGCUGAUUGCGGGAGGUGUUACGGCGUUUUUUCUUUUGAAGGCCAAGAAUACCACGGACGCCGGGCGGGCUUCUGGCGUCGGCCCUGCUGAUACUACGGUGAUUCAGAAGUACACCAGUCCGACGGGCGAGAUGUACUGGGAGCUUGGCGGCUCCUCCCAGUUCGAGGACAAGUACCUUAUGCUGGGACUUCGAAACGGGGGCGACUAUGAUCAGUUCGAUUACACGACGGGCGCGUUUAUCCGACGAUUCAGUGGGCUCGUGAGAGGCUUGAUGCACCCGAACGGUCGUUUGUUUAUAGGUCACAACAACGUUACGGUAACAGCUUGGUCGCUGGAUGAUGGUUCCAUAGUUAAGUCGUUGCCGAUGCCGGCGAAUGCCUCCAGCUGGCCGUUCAGAUUCAUUGUCGGGUCCGAUCCCAAUCCUACGACCCACUCCCUCCUUACCGGCACCCUGAACGCGGCGGGGACCUUGCUUGACGGAUUGGCGGUGUGGGACUUUUUUGGUUCUGGGCAAGUCACCAGCACCCUCUCCAUGGCACGACCGCAGGAUCAGCUCGAGAUGUUUACCUACGGCGACACCGUCGGAGCUGACAUUGUCGUGACUUAUGAAUCUGGCAUUGUGGUCAGGUUCUCGGGGCCCCCGUUCGCAAACGCUGCAACUCCCGGUACCAUCAUCCCACUGCCCGCGCAAGUGCCCAAACCCCAAGACUGGGAAGUGUGGACCACUACUCCCGCGCGCACAUCGCUUUUCAUCAUCAAGGACGACAAGGCCGUGCUGAAAUGGAACAUCAAGGACAACAAUGCCAUGAUGGUCAUUCCGAGCUUGGGGGACGGCGCGUUCUACACCUCGAAUGAUAUUACCCUCAGCAAAGACGAGUCCACCUUCUACAUCGCAGACGGGAGCCCCGGCGGUAGCAUCCGAGUUUACAGCGCCGCCACGCAGAAAUUCGUCAAGACGAUCGAUCCGGGGUGUCGCGCGGUGAUGACGAUGAUGAGAGCGGACCAGAAAUCUCUGCUGGUGCAAUGCUAUAUAAAGCCGGAAGUGCGUCUCAUCGCUCUGUGAGUUACUCAUCACAACUUCGGCUCCCGUAUCAAGGACGAUGGUCCUUGAUACGGGAUACGGGGAUACGGGAAUUCUGGAAUGGACGGAUGGUCGCGCGCGAUUUCUGACGCAGGAUCGUCGGGAUGUGGAUCAAGUAUAUACAUAGAAGGUAGUCUAUUGUAGCAGACGAUAUGGGUUGGAGGAUGUCACUUGGUGGGUCGAAGUUCAAUGGGAUGGGAACGCGGAAACGGCUUUCAUCGGCCCGAGGAAGGGCGUUGGCGUAUGGGGGCACCGUCUUACAUUUAGAGAUCAACGAAGAUAGUUCUUUUCCACCCUACCAAAUAGAUUAUCCAUAUAUCGAUUACUCCUGCUGUGAUUUCACGAUCCUCAUGAGCAAUGAACAACUGACAACGAAAGAUGGUAC